CCAAAAGCCAGCAGCGAGGGAUCAGCUGGGAUGAAGAGCAGUGGGACGGCACGGAUCAGUCAGUGUGAGGAAGCGACCGGACGACAGGGAGGCACACAGUCGAUGAGCUCUUAGGAGCUAACACAGUUCUCUGAUUUUGGGGAUCCCACCAUUCAACAGUCAGGAUGGCUCGGGAUAUGUCAGAUAAGGAAAUCUUGAAAAUGGAGUUGGAGCAGUUGAAGAAGGAAGUUAGCACAGCUCGGACACCAGUGGCUGCAAACUGUGCAGAGACUGUUACUUUUGCUGAGGCACUGGUACCAAAUGAUCCGCUGAUAAAGGGCGUUCCAGAUGACAAGAACCCCUACAAGGGAGACAAGGGAGGCUGCAUAGUAACAUAGCAAACAGACCUACAGGGAAUAGUCACACAGUUUUUUAUGAGAGCCGGUUACACUGCUGGAAUAUCCCUGUAGACGUCAUGUGGAUGCAAUGUACAGUAGUUAAACAGAUCUGUAAUGCUACCAGGAGAGACCCUUUCCCAUCACUGGACUACUGUAUGUACCUGUUGAUAUGAAAAUGUUUCUUUGUCAAUUUGUAAUUAAAUGCAAAUAGCUGUACAAAGCUUUGACCUGA